GUCCCCUUGCCGUGUGUCUCAGUGUUUCCGCAGCUUCGAAGCGAAGAAGGCUGUAUGCAUUUGUGGUGCCAGGCAGAUCUUCAAUCUUCUUUGAAGGAUAACUGCGGACGUUCUCGGGAUGGCGACUGCGACGGUGACGCUGUACUCGCACGCGCCGCGCUCUAUGGGGAAAUUCAUGGCGCACUUGGUGGGUCUGUCGGACAACAUGUGGCCGUCGUACUCGCGUCUCAAGCACUGGAGCCUGCUGCUGCACUUCGACGGCGACCCCGAAGACGAGGUCUGGCUGUGCACGCUACGGCGCAGUAGCCUGGGCGGCAGCCAGAAAUUCUCCACGGGAGGGGAAGAGAUUGCAUAUUACUGCAAAAAAGUAAGCAAGCAAGAACAUCGAAUUGGAAAAUAUGCAGAGACAUUUUAUUCUCUCGGUACAGUAAAUAUAACCGUUGAAGAACUGAAAGAAAUGUGUAAAAAUAAUAAGUGUAAUGGACGAAAAUACAAUGUUUUCAAAAGGAAUUGUCAAGACUGGACAAGAGACUUGUGUAAGAGACUCGACAUUUGGGAUAGAAAAGGAAAACAAAUUCGGACUUGAAACAAAACAGUUAUGCAGGUGCAAACACAACAUGUGUGCAGCUUCUUGAUAGUUAAAUGAAAAGUCUCAAACUUUUCAGAUGACUUUGUCAGACAUGAGCUUCGAGAGGUCACAAUGCUGGCAGUGUGAAAUGUUUGUCAAGUAUGGUGAAACUUUUCACAGUACUCAUGUUUAUGAAACACGGUUGCAAGUUAGAGUGUCAGUACAUAAUCUGAAUCGUUCUACUUUCAUGAUGUAUGGACUACUUUGUUUGUAACAACUAGUUGAAACUGUGACAUGUAAAUAGAAAUGUUCGUUUGUAAUUUCUUUGUUUACAUUUAAGUAUAGGAAGAAUAAGAUGAGGAGAGUAUUAAAAGACUGUAGUUAUCUCUCAGAAAGUGCUCAAAUAUUACUUAGUCAAUGCCACAUUGGUAAUAAUGUACAUAAAUGUUUCUGUUGAGAGAUAACAUAUAUCUGUGUUAGGCAUGUGUGGCGUUUCCAUGUACUUAAAAGCUUGUGUGUCUGUUUAGAGAUUUCUUUAUGGAAAGGCACAGCAAAUACUUUUUUUAUAAUGAUGUGAUCUCUAGUUAUAAGCCAAAGGAUACCAUCAUCUUGAAGCAACAUUUCAAUGAUUUUCCUGCUUAUGAUCUUCAUAAGAUGAUGAUGGGCAGGGAACUUUCCAAAAUAUUGCUUGAAGGUAAUGUUGCUACUUGUUUUGAUAACCUGAAAAUUAUUUGUUAUUAUU